AUCGGUCACACAUACAUGCAACUGGACAGAUGCCAACCAUGCAGUACAAGCUGAUGGGUAAUACAAAGGACGUGCAUGUCCAGCCUUCUCAUAUGCAUGCACUACGUCCGGUGCCAUUCCAGUCGACCGAGCAGCUGGGAAACACCCAGCCGUCCCACAUGCAUGCGCUCGGGCUGAUGCCACUCCAGCCAACCGAGCACCUGGGCAGCACGCGGGUUGCACCCGCCCAGCCGACAAGCGUCCAGGUGGCGGACACGAUAGUUGGUUUGGAAGGUCCGGUCCUGGGAGGCUGCGUCCCCGACCCGACCGUCCCUGUUCAGGAGCUGGUGGAGCCGUGCAGAGCCGCUUCAUCAUCAACAACGAUGACCUCUUCUACACCGACCAUUACGACACCAACAUUCACGUCUUCGACGCUUGCUGUUGGAGAUGGGAUUUCUACACCACCAUCAUCCCCUCCGUCGGCAGCCACGCACUCGCAACAACCAUCGCCCGAGGUAACGCCGGUCCCUAACACGCUUCUAACGGCGGCCUCGUCGCUAGAGCCGGCGGUUGAGACUCUCGGGGAGGGGGUUGCUACUUCACCAUCAUCCCCUCCUUCAGCAGUAGAGCCAGCGCCACGACCACAAUUGGGGUUGACUCCUACACGCCGAAGUUGUCGGCAUACGGUUGCCGAAGAUGGUUCUAUGGACACGUAUGAGGACUCCUUAACCAAGGCUAUGCGGCGUAAAGCAGCACACAACCUUGACAAUCGAGGUUAUCUAUAGAUGUACCGAGACUCUUCAUUUAUGGUCCUCUUUACAACGUGUGGAGAAUCGAGACUUGUUUACGGAGGUGUGUACACGAUUGGAGGCUACGGCGAGGGAUACUUUUACCCAACAUGGGUGACAGCAUGAUCUAAGGAUUGGCCCCCCUCCACAUUAGGCGUUAUACAGACUCUACAUGUUUCGUUGUAAUUCGCCUCUUUAUUUUUAUUUUAUGUGAGAGGAUCUUAUUUGGCUGUGUGCAUCUUAGUUAUGCAGAGGCCGGGUAUAAUUCUUAAAUCCUUUAAGUAAUAAAGCGGUCCUUUUCGAAAAAAAAGAGUUGAAGGCGUAGGAGGCGUGGUCGCGCACGGUGUCCGGGUCGGCGCAGCUCCCGCCGGGCUGGAUGGGUGAGCAGUCCGCGCCCU